AUGAUACCAACACUUAUAGCGACGUUCGGUUUAGCAUCGGGUUUGGCAAUUACAUAUUACUUAUUUAAGUCGCCGAACCCACCAGAAUUAGAUCUCCAAAAAUGGUGGGGCAGUGGAUCUCCUGUUGCAGUAGUAGACACAUCUAUUAGACCCUUCAAAAUUGAAUUUAAUUAUACGAUGAUUAAAGACUUAAAAGAGAGAUUGCAUAAUCGUCGAACAUUUACAAAACCGCUUCAAGGUAUCCAAUCUGAAUACGGUAUUAAUACCAUCUAUUUGGAAACGGUCCUCGAUUAUUGGGUUGAAGAUUACGACUUUAAAAAAAGAGCGGACCUAUUGAAUAUGUUUCCCCAUUACAAAACAAAUAUUCAAGGGCUCGACAUUCAUUUCAUCAGAGUAAAGCCCGACGUGGAGGAUGUCGAGGUUCUGCCGCUUUUGAUGUUGCACGGAUGGCCUAGUUCUUCGAAAGAGUUCGACAAAGUUAUACCAAUGCUGACGAGGCCUAGAGUAGGCUAUAAUUUUGUUUUCGAAGUAAUCGCCGCCGAUUUACCUGGUUACGGAUUUUCUGAAGGUACGAACAAACCCGGUCUCAAUCCAGUUCAAAUUGGUGUGAUAAUGCGAAAUUUAAUGAUGCGGCUAGGCUUCGAAAAGUUCUACAUUCAGGCUGGAGACUGGGGUUCGCAAUGCGCAACGCAUAUGGCCACCUUGUUCCCUGAACAAGUCCUAGGAUUGCACACAAACAUGCCACUGUCAUCGAAGCCAGUUAGUACGUUAAAAUUAAUAUUAGGUGCUUUAGUACCAAGAUUAGCCGUCGACCGGAAGUAUGCUGAUAGAAUAUAUCCAUUAAAAAAUCUUUUCUCGUAUUUGCUCAGAGAAAGCGGAUAUUUUCAUAUUCAAGCUACGAAACCAGAUACGAUUGGGGUGGCACUAACGGAUUCGCCGUCAGGUUUAGCAGCGUAUAUAAUUGAAAAGAUGGCCAUUUGCAGCAGUAGAAUAGAACUCGACACGCCACACGGAGGCCUUCAACAUUUAGACUUGGACGACGUUUUGGAUACAGUCACUAUAACGUGGAUGAACAACUGCAUUGUUACAUCCAUGAGACUGUAUGCAGAAGGAUUCGCACUGCCCGAAGUGCAGACAGUUCACGACAUACCGACCUACGUACCUACUGCUGCAAUAAACUUCUUAUACGAAGUCAUUUACCAACCGGACUGGAUUCUGAGGGACAAAUUCAAGAACUUGGUUAGGUCAACCGUUAUAGAAUCGGGAGGGCAUUUCGCCGCCAUGCAGACUCCCAACUUGCUGACCGACGACAUUUUCGAUUCCGCUGUGGAAUUCUUGAAGUUUCACGAGAAAAACAAACGAAUUCGAGACCAAAAUUAUUAGUGAAAACUAAUCGUAGCCUUACUAAAGACAAAUCAGAUUUUAAAGUUCGCUGAACUCAUUUAUUCCAGUCAUUGUACCGGACUUUAUUUUUUGAUUUGUUUUUAUAAUGAUAAAAAAUGUAACAUAGAAUAGCAAAAAAAAUCCACUGCAGUUAUUUUAGGUAAGUUAGUUUUAAGUUCUUUCUCGAAGUUUAUUUGCAUUUUUAGAUUAUUCGGCACUACUGAGCUUUUCAAGUAAAAUUGAAUAUUUAGAAACAAUUCUUAGGUAUCAACUUUUUAACGCAUUUUCAUUCAUACCUACGCGGAAUACAAACGAGGCUGAAUAGGAUAAAACCAUUUUUAGUACAUUAAUAGAGUUAUUCUAGUAUCUAUAUUCUCUGUAGACAUGAAUUAAAAUGCUAGAACUAUUUAGAAAAUUCUAGAAUUUUAUCUGUAAGUAACUGGCUCGGGUUGAAUUAAGCAUUUUAGUUAUGUAUGACUGUGUGCUUGCUUGAUCUCGUUCGUUCUAGAUAUAAUUUUACACGAAUGACUUGAUAUAUCUGUUUAUAUCUUGAAUAAAGCAGCUGGACGACUCAUGAAUCGAAGUUUAGAUGAAAUAUUACAUUUGACAUUUGUAUUAUUUUUAAUUUAGUUUAAGGUUAUUUUGGUAAUAAUAAUAAUAAUAACAUAAUAAAAUGUAUCAUAAUAAUUGCGACCGAAUGUGAUUUGUGUGUUCAAAUGUUAAUUAUGUAUGUUCAAUCGUAUUAAUUUAUAAUUGUGAAAUGAUGUCUUAAUUAUUUGUGCAUAAAGAACAUUUUAACAAUUUAAACAAUAAUGUCUAUAAGUAAAUAGCAAAUUUUUCGUAUUACUACGAUCGAUUUUAAUGUAAUGAACAUAUUAUAAUUAAAUACAUUAGGCCUAAGCUUACAUUGCCAUUAUAUUAGCCAAAUGUUAUGUGUUUGUUUCGUAUUAGUUAUAUAAGUUAACUUUUAAUUUCUAUGACCUACAUUAUUAUUUGACAAUCAUGAUAUAAGAUUAUUAAUGGCCCGAAAGUAUUACUAAUGUAAUGAUAACUAAUCUAAUGUAAUGAUACGAAAUACAUUAUACAAUACUA